AUGGUCAUACUCAAUCACGAGUGCAGUGCUAUAAUCCAUAGGACUACUGCACCUAAGAAAUUGAGUGACCCGGGGUCAUUUACUUUACCUUGCUCGAUUGGACCUUUGACGUUCGGAAGAUGUCUCUGCGAUUUGGGGGCAUCAGUCAGCCUAAUUCCUUUAACUGUAGCCAAACGUCUUGGAUUUGAGAAGUUCAAACCCACCGACAUCCAACUGGUCCUAGCAGAUCAAACUACAAGGUUGCCAAGCGGAAUAUUGGAAGACUUGCCGGUCAAGGUAGGAUCAGUAGACGUACCAACCGACUUCAUGGUUUUGGAGAUGGAUGUGGAGCCAAGGGAUCCGCUUAUCUUAGGACGACCAUUUUUAGCCACCGCAGGGGCAAUGAUAGAUGUGAGGAACAAGAAGAUCGAUCUGAAGCUUGCGGAAGACCUUACUAUGCAGUUUUGA